AUGUCGACCAACUUCCGCGACCGGGCUAUAGCCGAGGUCCAGAAAGCUAUUGCUGCCGACCAUGCCAAAGAAUACCAAAAGGCGUUCGACCUUUACAUGUCCAGCAUGGAGUUAUGGGUCAAGGCCCUGAAGUGGGAGAAGAACAAGGCUCUCAAGGCAACGAUGCAGGAGAAGAUGGCGACGUAUCUUGAUCGCGCCGAAAAGCUCAAGCAAUUCUUACAGUCUGAGGCCGACACGAAUGCCAACGGCGGCAAGUCUCUCAUGGGUGCAAAUGGUGCAACUACCGGCAAGGGUAAAGGUGCUCCGGAGGACGAUGACAGCAAAAAGCUCAGAAAUGCCUUGUCUGGAGCCAUCCUGCAAGAACGACCAAACGUUCGGUGGGAGGAUAUCGCCGGUUUAGAGGGUGCAAAGGAGACUCUUAAGGAGGCCGUCGUGUUGCCCAUCAAGUUUCCCAGUUUGUUCCAGGGCAAACGUCAGGCGUGGAAGGGUAUUCUGCUCUACGGGCCUCCAGGUACCGGAAAAAGUUAUCUUGCCAAAGCCGUAGCAACGGAGGCCAACAGUACAUUCUUUAGUAUUAGCAGCUCAGACUUGGUGAGCAAGUGGAUGGGUGAAAGUGAAAGACUCGUAAAGGCUCUCUUCUCCAUGGCUAGAGAGAACAAGCCGUCAGUCAUCUUCAUUGAUGAAAUCGACGCUCUGUGCGGACCCCGUGGCGAAGGUGAAUCCGAAGCUUCUCGACGUAUCAAGACCGAAAUCCUUGUCCAAAUGGACGGUGUGGGCAAUGACAGCAAAGGCAUACUUGUUUUAGGCGCUACCAAUAUUCCUUGGCAACUUGAUGCUGCCAUUCGUCGACGAUUCCAAAGACGAGUACACAUCGGCCUCCCGGACCUGAACGGCAGGGCAAGAAUGUUCAAGCUUGCCGUUGGCGAUACAGACACUGCUUUACAAGCCGGAGAUUACAACACUCUUGCCAAUAAAUCAGACGGAUUCUCCGGUAGUGAUAUUGCCAACGUAGUACAACAUGCUCUGAUGCGCCCUGUCCGCAAAAUUCUGCAAGCUACCCAUUUCAAAGCUGUCAUGAAAGAUGGAAAGCGAAUGUUGACGCCCUGCUCACCUGGCGAUCCAGAAAAAAUCGAAAUGACUUAUGACGGCGUCAAUUCGGAUGAACUUCUGGCGCCUGAUGUCUCCCUGAAGGACUUUGAGAUGGCUCUGGAGGAUUCGCAUCCUACAGUGUCCAAGGAGGAUAUUGAGAAGCAAAUCGACUGGACCAACGAAUUCGGAAGUGAAGGCGCUUGA